AGCCUGCAGAUGACGCGGUAUCAGUCGGUGCAUAGCAAAGGAUGAAGAGGGUUUGGGCUACUGUUGCAAGCAAUACCAUUAUCCUAGGUGCAGAUGGGUGUCAAACAGUGGCAUGUUUUGCGAAGCGCCGACAUGGAAAAGUGAUGGAGUGUGCAUCGCCGAGCACCGUACCGAGCGAUCUGUUCCAUGGGAACAUGCACAGCAUCACUUGCUUGAUGUUGUCGACCUCUGCAAGCCUCGUCAACAGCUCUGUGCAUGUGUCUGCCGUCGCCAAGUACAGGGAGGUUCAUCGAAGAUUACCGAGCGACCUCAUCUCCCGAGCUCCCCGGUCGCUUAGCUCUCACACGAAGUAGGCGCCUAAUGCGAGUGAUUGCGAAUAUCGAUCCCAGGGUCGUGGACUUCCGCCAUCCCCGGAUGCCCAGCCCUGUCGUUUAACGAUCCAUAGGGGGGCAAUAUCGACACACCACCAUCUCUUCCAGAUGGCCAGACCAGAUCUUAGC